UAGAAACCUGAAAACCCUAGAAACGGCAGAAGAAUUUCCGAGGUCUGUAGGAUUGUAAGAUUUUCCCGUGAAGGAGCGAGGUGCGAUCGGUCGAUUCGACCGCUGCAUCGUGAACCCAACAUUUUCAGCUUUUUCGCAUUUUGGGUUUUGUGUGAUUCCUGUUAAGAUGUCGGGCGCGGCGGCGACGUCAGUAGCGCAGGCUGCUGCUCCUUACUGGAGAACAGCAGGCAUGACUUACCUUUCUUACGCCAAUACAUGCGCAGCUAUGGUUCGCAACUGCUUGAAGGAACCGUUCAAGUCCAAGGCGCUCCAACGUGAACAUGCAUACUACAAGUUCCAGCCCUACGCAGAAGGCGCUCCACAGAAAGCAGUGGUGCGGGAGACUGGCGCUCCCUCUUCCAACUAGAUGGAGGUGAAGCAGGAAUUGACUCCGAGACUUGUUCUGGAAUGCAACAGUACUCAUUAUUAAUGAUAAGCUGAGGCUUCCGGGAAACAGAAAUUGUGACUUCUUUUGCUUGGAUUCCUGGCAUCUGGCAUGAGAUAUACUUUUCAAGCUCUAAGGUUUCUGCAAAUAUGAUGUGGGUUGUUAGAAAAUCCUAUUCUUGUAGGAACUGAUAACUGUGCAGGAUGAGUGUAUUUUGUCGUUGGGUUUGUUCUAUCGAACCAUGGCUGCUAUCACCAUUUCGUCUUUGCCCAAUUCAGCCCCCUUACCAGUAAAGCUCGUGAUUACGUGGAAAA